CAACAUCGCCAAAUGAACCCGACACAAAUCCUGCGGGAAACAUUCCGUGUGUAUCUGCUGAUCCACGCAUCAACAUCACACAUAGGGAUGGAAAUGUAGUCACCGACACGCAGGAUUCGCUCUUCGAGGAUGCGGAUGGUGGUGGGCUCGAUGGGUUGCGGAGGAAGCCGUUCUGCCACGAUCGAACCCCGUUAUUACGAGAGUAGAGACACCGAGUCGACGUGGCUCACGAACACGGACACGGAGAUCACGCAGCUGCCGGUUGCCGGUAACAGUCACAAACCGAACGGAACCAGCGAGAGCCCGACCGAGAAGGAAAAUACAACAGCAACCGCUUCAGGUAAAAGAGACGAUACAUCCAUGUCAGUGACCAAAUGCUCUUCUGCCAAAGAGAGAAAGCUGGUGAAUGCUGGCACACAGUGUGGGAGACACUCUACCCUCACCAGCAGCAAUCAGAGGAGACCAGUGCCGAGAGAUGAGGUAAAAAAUAAAUCAAAGAAAAUCCCCGCCGAUGAAGUGGUUAAGAGUGUCCGUCCGGCUGUAAAUAAGAAGAUGUCUUGAGACAUUUGGGUUGAAAUGAGAGUUUGUGGAAGAAACUUUGCUUUCAAACACAAUCAUCCGAGUCAAAGUCUAACAAGUGAACUGUCGUUAUCAUAAACUGGAUAUGCUAAAUCUGCUACGGUCUGAUCUAAUUACCAUCUGACUAUCUGCAUGUAAACAUGCAGCACGUGGAAAAAUGCCAAACCCAAACAUGCUGCAACUAGUGCCAUUUUAAACUGGGCUCAUGGUUUCCAAGCCUAUUUUUUAUGUUUCUAAAAUAUAUUCAAGAUAUAAGUGUUAGCAGAAAUAUUUAUUUUAAUUUUAAAUGCAUUGACGAGUGUAAUUUCAACUGUGAAUCUCCAUCUGUGUUGUGCUGGAUUGAUAUUCUAGAGCCUAAACAGUCUGUUUGAUAAUGCACAUUAUGUCUCCAGUUCUGUGUACACAAAUGAGCAAAUGAAAUGUUCGAACAUAAUUUUGUCUGUUUUUUUUUUCAUCUUAAUGGUCCUAAAAGCAGGGUUUGGGGCAGAGCAUAAAUUCACACCACUACAAAUAUAAAUAUAUAUAUAUAUAUAUAUAUAUAUAUAUAUAUAUAUACUGUAUUUUUAAUUCUGUUGAUCAUCACUGGCUGAGAUCUUAAAAAAAAAGGGGGGUUCACAAGUAUACACAUUGCAGCUGCUUUUUUACAUGUUUAUUUACACGUUUUAAAUGAGUCACUUUCAGUGACCUAGACAAAACCUCAUUGGUCAGCCUUAUGACACUCCAACUUGGGCUUAAAAUGUAUCUGUGUAGACGUUACAUGUGCAGUUAAAUUUGACUGCAAAUAUUCAGGAUUUAUCCUAAAUUGACAGGACAGAUAUUGCAAUGCUUAAAAAGGUAGUGUUUCUAAGGCAUGUUUAUUGUUUACAUUAGGAUUCAAAAGACAAAACUUCAUAGCUAGUGAAUAUGAACAAAUGUUUGCACAGAGGAAAUUAAUAAAACUAAUAACAUCCUCAACUAAAACACUCAUCCAUACUGAUAUCACAAGUCUGUCUUUCAUUUGAUAUUGGAUUAUUAUCAGGAAAAAGGCAUUUUUUCAAGAUCCUGUGUCAGUGACUUAACAGAUAUGAAUUAUUAAAAGGAAUACAAAAAAAACAAACAAAAAAAAAGUACAAAGACAAUUAGCAAAAUUAUUAAGAACAAACAUAGGAGGGUCUGGGUUGCUCAGCGAGUAUUGACGCUGAGUGACUCCAGCCAGGUCUCCUAAGCAACCAAAUUGGCCCGGUUGCUAGGGAGGGUAGAGUCACAUGGGGUAACCUCCUCGUGGUCGCAAUAAUGUGGUUCUUGCUCUCGGUGGGGUGUGUGGUGAGUUGUGUGUGGAUGCCGCGGAGAAUAGCGUGAAGCCUCCACACGCGCUACGUCUCCGUGGUAACGUGCUCAACAAGUCACGUGAUAAGAUGCACGGAUUGACCGUCUCAGACGCGGAGGCAACUGAGAUUCGUCCUCCGCCACCCGGAUUGAGGCGAGUCACUACGCCACCACGAGGACUUAGAGCGCAUUGGGAAUUGGGCAUAACAAAUUGGGGGGAAAAAAAAAAAAAAAAGGAACAAACAUAGGAGGAGGUUAUAUUGGAAAACUUGCAUGGAAAAAACAUUAUUACACACGCAAAUAAAAAAAUUAUAAUUUUAAGAGUUAUGCAUUUCAAUUUCAUAACAAAAUCCCAACAAAUUGAAUUGCGUAAUCUUAAAUAAAUCAAAUAAAAUACCCUAAAUAUUUUAAGUUUUAAUAACUUAAUUUUGUUAAGCAUUAAUUCAAUUUUAUAGAAUUUUAUUAUGAAACUGAAAUGCAUAAAUCUUAAAAAAUAGGUAAAAAUAUUUUUUUUCAGGUGCACAUUCUGAAACACUCUUUGUAUCCUUUGUUUUACCACAAUAGUAUAAUGACAAAAAAAUAUAUUAAAAAAAAGUGAAAUGCUGGAUAUUAGUUAUAAACAUAUAACACAUACAAUUAUGCAAUCCCCAGAUAAAUAAAAAUAUAGAUUAAAAAAAUAGAAAAACAGCUCUUUGCACAUUGCUCUCAAAGUUGAAUGUAAAUCAAUGUUUGAUGCAUGCAACCGUCAUGGUUACUGGUGUAACCUCCGUUCCCUGAUGGAGGGAACGAGACGUUGGUGUCGAUGUAGUGACACUAGGGGUCACUCUUGGGAGCCCGA